GCCGAAUUAUUCCGUGGUUAUUCAGAAUCACUAACGAGGAAAUCAUUGCCUUUUCAAUUUCUUUGAUCGGAUACUUGAGUUAGAGGUCAUUCCUUGAACCCUGCGUACAUUAUUCACUUACAUUUAAUCCAUUAUCUGUAUUUCAGGCUGCACUUAAUCUCCGAAGUCUUAAACGAUAAACCGAUAGAAGGUUUUUCCAGCGUUCGUUAAGAUCUAUUGUAUUUGGUUCUGCAUACGUUGUAUUUUCGCUGUAAACCGCUUUCUUGUGGUACAUCACUGAAAAUGCCUGAAAGGUGAAGUAAACGGGGUGAAGAAAAGCCUACGGAAGGAACAUGAGAAUCCAUGGAGACCGUGAGUGGCCAAGAAAUCGCCUUCGGGCUCGCUGGCUUAGCGGCCCUGGCGUACGCCACCAGCACCUACCGCAGCUCUCGAAGACGGGAUCCGCACUCUGUUGUGGGCGGCACGAUUGUCAUGCACCACCGACGAAGCACCGUGGGCUACGAGGGCCAGGACGACGUCACGCGGCGUCGCACGACGGACGAAUUUUCCGGGCCCGUUCCGAUCCGACCCCACGGGGGUGUGAAUCCCGAUUUGGAGACUGAUGAUUCUACGUGGGAUCCAUACGUGAGGAACCGGGUUCAAACCACGUUUGCGUAUUUGGGAAGCACGGCUGUGAUCACUGGGAUGUCGACGAUUUUGGCUUGCAGUUCGCCGAAACUAGCGUCUAUGUGUUACGGCUGGGAACCCGUUGCGUUUUUCGGCGGAAUGUUUGUGGCCUUUUUGUCGACUUCCGUGGUUGUUCUCAUCCCGUACGAAAGUUCACCGAAGGGUCCUUUGGGUUUUCGAUUCGGGAUGAAGCAAGUAGCCUGGCUCUUGAACUGUGUGCUCAGUGGGAUUGCAUUGACCCCGUUGUGCAGUUCGCCGAAACUAGCGUCCAUGUGUUACGGCUGGGAACCCGUUGCGUUUUUCGGCGGAAUGUUUGUGGCCUUUUUGUCGACUUCCGUGGUUGUUCUCAUCCCGUACGAAAGUUCACCGAAGGGUCCUUUGGGUUUUCGAUUCGGGAUGAAGCAAGUAGCCUGGCUCUUGAACUGUGUGCUCAGUGGGAUUGCAUUGACCCCGUUGUGCAGGUUCGCGAGAGCUUCCCUCAUACGAUCGGCGAUUUUGACUGCUGGCACCGUGGGAAUGCUGUCAGCAGUCGGGAUGAUGGUGUCCAGUGAAAGCGUAUUGAUGAUCAGUGGGCCAAUGGCGAUUACUUUCGGCGCAGCAGUUGCUUCUGCUAUGGGUCUUUCAGUUUACCCUGUCGGUACAGAUGUCGGUAAUAUGCUGAGUGACAUGAAUAUGAACGUCGUCACCGUCUUGUUUUCAUUGACGCUUCUGUAUGACAUUCACAAUCUUGUUAAGGAAGCUGAAACGUUGAGGCCUGAUUUUGCCGUUGACCGAGAUGGCAUCGUUCCAUUUGAUCCAGUUCGCCACGCAGUCGCCCUCUUCAACUCCGUGCUCGGGAUUUUUAUUCGCAUCCUUUUCGCUGUUGUCCAGAGUGAUUCGGAAAGGCGUAGACAACGAGAGCUGAGUCGUCGUCAGUCUCGAACAACUCACAGUCAUAGAAUCGUUGUCGAAGAGUCUGAAUCCAGGAAUGUGUCGGCGUAUAGCCGUUCCGUGCGGCGUCCAGCUGGCGUUUCUUCGCGGAACGAGAUGUAUUCGUCCUGCAGAGAAGUGCGUGUUUGUGGGGGUGUGUUGGAGGAAUGUGAUGCUGAUACAGUAGAGACGUAUCGGCUUAGGCUGAAGGCCUACUUUCGCCCUCCGGCUAUUAUUAUGGAUGCGAGUGUCCCCUUUUAUGCGCGAUUGUGUGCCUUAUUCGCGUUAAAAAUGAGAUUUAAAACAGCUUUAGCUAAACGCGCGAAGCACUCUGAGCUCGUUAGUGGCGUUGCAUGGGUUACGACGGAUGACGUGUUAUCCUGCGGGGAUGACCAUAAGCUGCUGAAAUGGAAUUUGGUCAACAGCGAAACCACGAAAGUCGCCGACUUUCCUGUGGAAGUGUUCCCGACGUGUAUACAAAUUACGCCGAAAUUGGCUGGAGCGGGAAAAGGAGGGGACUUGUGUUUGGUGACAGGUGCAGAAGGAAAAUUCUAUCUCAUGUCAUUGUCGGGGAGAAUCGAAAGAUCCGUUGAAGCGCAUCGUGGAGCAGUUUUAUGUGGACGGUGGAGCCACGAUGGCGCCGGAGUGGUGACAGGAGGAGAAGAUGGACUAGUUAAGAUUUGGUCGCGAUCCGGGAUGCUGAGGUCCACUCUCGCUCAAGGCAUGAAUCCUGCUUAUGGAGUUGCGUGGAGUCCGAAUUCUGAUGCGGUGUUGUAUACGUCUGGGAAGUCGCUUGUCAUUAAGCCACUGCAGCCAAAUUCUAAACCACUUCAGUGGCGAGGGCAUGAUGGAUUGAUUUUAGCGGUGGAUUGGAGCCCGUUGAACGGAUGUAUUUUAUCUGGUGGUGAAGACACGCGUUACCGAUUAUGGGACAACUUCGGGCGGAUGUUGUUCAAUUCUGCAGCUCAUGAUUAUCCAAUAACAUCUUUGUCCUGGUCACCUGAUGGCGAACUUUUUGCUGUCGGUUCGUUCAACACGCUGCGCUUGUGUGACAAGGCGGGGUGGUCGCAUUCAUUGGAAAAACCGAAUUCCGGUAGCGUCUUGUGUCUCGCCUCCUCGCCCCUA